AACAAGACCAUUUAUGAGCGCCUUGAAGGGUGUGACUCCGAGGAACAACAGGAGUUGUGUGAUUCCAGUGAGAGAUUCGGGUUCACACGAGAUGUUGAAGUCAUAGCAUCUAAUGAAACCAGAGAAGAGGAUAUGAAUAGUAAUGAUAAACCAAGUGAUAUCUUACCGAUGGCAUUGCUUACUCUCUCAGAUACCCUCGAAUUCAUCGAAACCAAUCCUCUUUUAGAAAGAUAUGGGGGAAACAAAUGUUACUGGGUACAUAUCAAGCAUCCAAUGUCAGCCAUAUAUUUUACCAGGGAGAUUAAUUACAUGGACUUUUUUGGUUGUAAUAGCAAGAAUGGUGGAGAAUUAAAAUACACUGAUACUAUAGAAAACAUACAUGCUCAACUCAAAAAACAUGAUAGUGUGAUUAAAGGUGAUAUUGAUUUUUAUAAGCAGAAAAACGAUAUCGACGAAGCCACAUUGGCAUUUUUCAAGGAACGUUAUGCAUUUGUACCCGAUCUAACAUGGCUCAAUAAUCAUAAAAAAACAAAAAAAUAUACCAAAAAAUCAUUGGUCAGGACCAAUAUCAGCACCCUUGUUAGUAAUCGACCAUCUAAACAUACCAGAGAAAUUGUAGGUAAUGAAAAUGAAAGAGAGGUUUCUCGGAGUAACCAAGCAAAAAAACCAAGAAGAAAAUAA